UUCAAUGGCGACUUUUUUAGGAUCAUUGGAAGAUAUGAGGGCAGUAUUCAACAAAUUCGACAAAAACGGCGACGGAAAGAUCUGUCGCGAUGAACUAAAAUCGACCCUAAGUGCCUUAGGUUUCGCAUUCUCUUCCGACGAAGUUGAUCUUAUAAUGUUGGAGAUGGACAAAGAUGGUAAUGGCUAUAUCGACGUAGAAGAAUUUAUUGCUUUCCAUGGAAUCUCCGGCAUCGAUGGAGACGAAAAGCAGUGUGAUAACAAAGAAUUGAAAGACGCGUUCGACAUAUACGAUCUGAAUAAGGACGGGUUGAUUUCGGCUAACGAGUUGCAUGCUGUGUUGAAAAGGUUGGGAGAGAAGUAUUCGUUGAGUGAUUGUCAAAGAAUGAUCAGUCAGGUCGAUAAGGAUGGCGACGGAAGCGUUGAUUUUGAAGAGUUUAAGAAGAUGAUGAUGAAUAAUUCUUGAAAAAGUCUGGAAAAAAAAGUAUACCAGGUUAGGUCUUAGUGUUUUACUCGUAAGAAAUAAUACUACUUAGGAAGGAUUGGUUCUUUAAUUUAAGAACGUGUAGAAUGGUUAAUUCUGGAUAUUAUUAAUUCACACUAUUCUAUGUUUUCUUAAUCCUAAUGGAAUCAA